CGGGGGGCGCCCGGCGGGGGCGGGGCGGCCGGAGGAGGCGUUGGCAGCCGGCAGGACCCACGCGGCGCCGCGGCCCGCCUGGCCUGCAGCGCUCCCAUCCCUCGGCGGCGACGGCACGAUGCCCUUUGACUUCAGGAGGUUUGACAUCUACAGGAAGGUGCCCAAGGACCUUACGCAGCCGACAUACACCGGGGCCAUUAUCUCUAUCUGCUGCUGCCUCUUCAUUCUCUUCCUCUUCCUUUCGGAGCUCACCGGAUUCAUAACCACAGAAGUCGUGAACGAGCUGUAUGUCGAUGACCCGGACAAGGACAGCGGGGGCAAAAUCGACGUCAGCCUGAACAUCAGUUUGCCCAACUUGCACUGUGAACUGGUCGGGCUCGACAUCCAGGAUGAGAUGGGCAGGCAUGAAGUGGGGCACAUCGACAACUCCAUGAAGAUCCCGCUGAACAACGGGGUGGGCUGCCGCUUCGAGGGCCAGUUCAGCAUCAACAAGGUCCCAGGCAACUUCCACGUGUCCACACACAGUGCCACGGCCCAGCCACAGAACCCGGACAUGACCCAUGUCAUCCACAAGCUCUCCUUUGGGGACACGCUGCAGGUCCAGAAUGUCCACGGAGCUUUCAAUGCUCUCGGGGGAGCGGACAGACUCGCCUCCAACCCCCUCGCCUCCCACGACUAUAUCUUGAAGAUCGUGCCCACGGUUUACGAAGACAAGAGCGGCAAGCAGCGGUACUCUUACCAGUACACGGUGGCCAACAAGGAGUACGUCGCCUACAGCCACACGGGCCGCAUCAUCCCAGCCAUCUGGUUCCGGUACGACCUCAGCCCCAUCACGGUCAAGUACACAGAGAGACGGCAGCCUUUGUACAGGUUCAUCACCACGAACAGUGGCUCUCAAGGAUGGUCCAGCCACAGAGCCCCCAGAAGCCAUGAGGUUGUUGGUAUGACACCAGGAUCAUUUGCUACAGUGACUUCCAUCCUGGGAAUCAGGAAAAAAAAAUUACAGCAGGAAACAAGGUGAUGUUGUGAGCAUGUGGGAUGAAAUCACAGCCACACACGUGCAAACCAUAAAAAAAAAGCAAACUGUCCCAACUUGUGGUUUGCAUGUUUUCUUGCUCUUACCUGAUUACCUUUUGCUCAUCUGUUCGGGCACCGGAAGGAAUCUGUCAUAGACGAAAGGCAGCAGGUGCCUGGCAUGG